CCGUACGGAAGUGGUUUUGUUUCGGUGGCUGCCCACAAUAGUAUGUGAGAAAUGAGGGCUGCUACGUAUAUAAAAUUCAGUUAGCUUUCCUAAAUGCGUUUUUUCCAUUCAUUGACAAUAUUUAAUGUCUUAUUAUCAUUAUUUUGAUAUUGCCUGAACUAAACGAAGGAUAGCUAGCUAGCUUGUUGGCUAGCUUUACUAAAGCAAGCAGCCAUGCCGUCCUACUCUGAACUGAGGAAAACCAACCACUUCUACUACUUCAUCAAAUUUACCUUAAAUAUCUACUCUAUGCUCUUCUCGCUGAUGGGUCUUUGUGUGCUGUGUGUGGGGGUGUAUGCCGAGGUGGAAAGGCAGAAGAAUCGAACCCUGGAGGGCCUUUUCCUGGCCCCUGCCGUGGUGCUCAUCCUGCUGGGCCUGGUGAUGUUUACAGUGUCGGUGGUGGGCAUGGUUGGAUCCCUCAGGGACAACAAGACUCUGCUGCACAUGUUCCUUUGUGUUCUCUGUGUGUUGCUGCUUCUCCAGGCGAUUGGGCUCGUCACAGCUCUCAUCUUUGAAAACAAGACGUCUGCCUUGUUUCAGAGCAGUAUACGAGAAGGAAUUAAACACUACUACGAUGAUCUGGACUUCAAAAACAUCUUGGACUAUGUGCAACAGAAGUUUUCAUGUUGUGGAGGGGAUGAGUAUAAGGACUGGGGAGUCAACCAGUACCAUUUCUGCAAUGGCACUGGUCCACUAGCCUGUGGGGUUCCAUAUACCUGUUGUGUUCGCCGAAAGGUUGGAGAGGUCAUCAACACUCUCUGUGGUUACCAGACUCUGGAGAAACAGCGUGAAACCCUGCAUGAGUUGAUCCAUGUGCGAGGCUGUAUCCAUGCAGUCAACCUCUGGAUGAGUGACAACAUUGGAAUAACCAUUGCACUCUGCUGCGCCAUUGGGCUGCCCCAGCUGCUGGGCAUCAUCCUGAGCUGCAUCUUCUGGAACCUGCUGGUGGACAUGAGUGAGUCGGCCGACAUGGUGGACUUCAAGCUGAAGAAGGCAGAGGUUGAUUACAGCCAACUGGACCUGGCCGGUGCCGGUUGGUGUAUGUGUCUGCCGAGGGACGGCGGCUACCUGCCUGUCCCUGCUGCUGAGCCUGAUCUUGACCCCAUCGAUGUUCACCUGGAGAAGCUCAAGAAGCAGCCGCCUCGCACACAUUCCCAGCUCCGAGAACUGCAGCAGUCCAGAUCGGCCACUGGGCUGGACGAGGUCGACGUUGGCCGGAAGCAGAAAAGGGAACACUGAGCGGUCUUUUUAACCCUUUCUUGCCUUUUGGGUUUUUGCCUUUUUUUUCUGUCAUUGUAAUCAUUGCAUUUGUUGGAGUUGUGUUGCACUACUUAAUGGUUGAACCUGUCAGUCGUUGGAUCAAGAGGAAUUUGGUCAGUUAAAGGGAUCAAAAGUACUUUGGCACUUUGUCAAUGCAUUUGUUUACAACAAAAAUUGAAGGAACAACAUGUAACAUUGGCUUUUCAAAAACAUUUCUUUUGUCUUGUUUGUGGCCGUUGAUACUCAAAGAUUUAUGGCAUUAUUAUCACAUUUUAUUUUGUUUUUUGUUUUUUUUAGCCUUUGAAAUUGAGCUAUGUCUCAUGUGCUAAAGCUUACCUCAGGCUGUUUUGAAAAUAGCCCAGUAGUCAGAGGACAGUACUAUUUGGUGUGUAAAUUUAUGGUAGCUUGAAAAGACGUUUUUCAGUGUCAGAGAAAUAGGAAUAGCCAAGUAUGUCUUGCGUGUAGCGUCUGUGACGGAUGUAUACAGUUUGUGCAUUAUUUGUUUUUAUUAUGAUUUUAAUUUGAUUUUGUGCAAUCAGUGUACAUUGUAAGACUGGUAGAUGUGGAAUAACAUGGGAUGCAUGUUUUGUACUGUAUAUAAAGUAAGUUAAAAGAAAAAAACAAAACAAAACUUCAGUUUACAUGUUAAGGCGUGUGUCCAUAUGGCAUUUGUUUCUGACAGAAAGGCACAUCAUCAAAAAGUGCCUCCAGCAUCUUUUUUGAUGACACUACAUUAACAGAGGGUUCACUACACAGCUUAUAACAAGCUUACAACACAUACAGUGAUAGAAGCACAGCACUAAUCCGCAACAUCAGUGUCCGGUCCAUCAGCUCCCACAAAUGGGAUUAUUUGGAGUGGCCACACAAAAACUAGGAGUACUCUGAAAUUAAAAAAAAAAAAAACAAGAAAGAAAAUCGCUGGGUGCUUUGUUGUUUGUUCAGGCCGCUGCAUGCAGCCACAUACACUCUCUCCUCAUUGGUAACAAUUAAAAAAAAAGAUGCUGGUGCUCAGAAAAAGAGUGCUAUGUGGACACAGCCUUGGGCUCUCAUCAGGGGGGCUUCAGUCAAUUCCAUUUCUAAACUUAACUUUUUAUUCCAUCUUUUAAUGGAACAACUAAAGGGAUUAUCCAGACUACAAAUCCAAUGACAGGCUACUCUAUGAUGGUUUUUUGUAUCUGAGUUAUGCACUGUUUUGAGCUUCCCCCUAGCUCCUGCCUUGUAUCAGCACUACUGUUCUUGUCAAUAAAGCUGAAUUUGUCUACUGA